GAGUCACCAUGACUUAACUGAUAAGGACAGGCAAUUGCCUGAGAUCAGAGAGAUCCAGCUAAUAAAUGUCAGAAGUGUACAGAAAAGUGUAUAAAUCAGUACAGAUGAGGUUCAUCCCUUCCACAUCGUGACUUUCCUGUUUGUGGUUUUGUUAUAUGUCAAGUCGGCGGAAGAAAUUAAAUGGGAACUUUUGGAGUUUUGUGGAAGCUGCAGAUGACACUCAAAGGCAGCAGAUGACACAGAAAAAGCUUAAAAGUUCAGAAAUCCAUAAAAUAUCGGGAGCUGCCCAGGAUUCAAGAGGAGAAGCUUGAAGAGAUGCUCAAGGAAGGAAAUGGAGAAGAUGGGGAAGAGGAGCAGGAAGAGGAUAAUGAAUCAGAGGAGUUGCCCAGGAUUCAAGAGGAGAAGCUUGAAGAGAUGCUCAAAGAAGGAAAUGGAGAAGAUGGGGAAGAGGAGCAGGAAGAGGAUAAUGAAUCAGAGUAAACUCAGCUAGAAGGCUUCAAGAAACAUUGUGCCUCAUGGGGUGGGAAAGGGGAUCAGGAGGGCUCCAGUGUCUUAUUGUGGCACAUGAGGGGCACUGGCUUCUUGAAGAUGGGGCCAGGAAGCUACCAGAGCUCAGAAAGUUGCAAAGGCGUCUAUUACAGCCCAGCCUAUGUGCCCACUGGCAGAGGGCUAGCCUAGCUCAGGCGGCUCACACCAAUCAUCCCCAGCUGGUCGGCCUGGCUCCUGGGUGAUGAAUAUUUGUGGCUGAAGCAACUCAGACACAGACUGCCCAAAAAAGACAGGCUGGGGUCAAUUCACUUCAAUUCACUGUAUCACCUAGCUGUUCUAACAUGUUAUAGCCCAGUGAUGUUACCCCAAAGGUCAUUUGCAUCAUCUCUCCACCUUCAGGGAGUUGCCCAGGAUUCAAGAGGAGAAGCUUGAAGAGAUGCUCAAAGAAGGAAAUGGAGAAGAUGGGGAAGAGGAGCAGGAAGAGGAUAAUGAAUCAGAGGAGUUGCCCAGGAUUCAAGAGGAGAAGCUUGAAGAGAUGCUCAAAGAAGGAAAUGGAGAAGAUGGGGAAGAGGAGCAGGAAGAGGAUAAUGAAUCAGAAUCACAGGCCCAGUGUGGCAUGGAAGAAGUGCCUAUAAGUGUUCUGCUGGAUAGCUGUCUGGCGGGUGUCGCAGACUCCAGCUGGAGUGAAGUAGGAGAGAUCACCCAGGAGUCUUCCAUACAGGAGGAAGCCGCAGUCGCUGAGGCUGUUGACACUGGAGGUGUUUCCCCCUCAGCAGCUGGACUCAGCCAUGGAGACUAAACAAGUGUCCAUUUUGGGCCCUGAAAUAAUCAGAAUCUCAGAGUUGGAAGACUUAUCAAAAGUUCUCCAGUCCAUCCCUUCUUGACUGAGUAUUUCCUGUGCAACACUGUCAACAAAUGGUCAUUGAGCUUCUGCUUGAAGAACUCCAGUGAGAGAUAACCCACUGCUUUCUGGAAUACCUCUUUCACUUUUGGACCACUCUAAUUGUUAGGAAGAUUAUCCUUAUGCCAAGCUUUAAUCUGUCUCUACAACUUUGUCCCUCUUCUUCCCUCUAGGACCAAGUGGAGAAAGCAUCAUCCUUCUAUAAGAGGCCACUAGUUUAUGCAAUGAUUAGUGUGCUAGAUUUGGAGGUAGGAAGACCCAAGUAUGGGGACCAGAGGAGUAAGAGGCAGGGUUUCCACCUUUCAGGGAUCUUUCAUUCUGACUCGGAUGGCAAAGAACCAAAUGUUUGGUUUAAUUGGGGGCUGGUAAUCAAGUACUCAACUACAUCAGAAUGGAAACUCUUGGCAAUUAGAGAUGGUUCCACCCCUGGUAUUUGUAUCCCUGGUUCCUAGCACAGUGCCCAGAGUACAGUAAAUACUUAACAAAUGCUUGUGCAUUGAUUGCUUAUUAAAAAAAAAGAUGACUUAGAAGGAUAAACUCUAUAAUAAGGAGACCUAUCGAACAAUGGAAUGAUCUGCUUCAGGAGAGGCAGAGGCUUAAUAAACGUUGACUGGUUGAUGAGAUAUUUGUCUCCUUAUUGCCCAAACACUCAGAUAGAGAGAAUGGAGAGCCACUUGUUGUCAGGAGUAUUCCUGAAUGGGGUAGGAGGGUGAGUGAGGCGCCUUCUAAUUCUGAGAUUCUCUGAUUUGUGUGCGUCUGUCUAUGUGAGUCCGAGAUCCUAAGUCUAAGUAGCCAGGAAGGAAAUUGGUUCAAGGUUAUCUGGGUCCUAUGCUUGCUAAUUAAUGCCUUGUUAUCUCCUUUUCAUAAAAAUCUUGGGGAGGAGAAUUCAAUCCGAUUCAACCAACAGUUAUUGAAUACAAAUGAAAAUAGUUCAUGUCUUCCCCAUGUUAACAUUGUAAAGAUAAGUCAAAACAAACAUGCAAAAGAAAUGCAAGGUGAUUUCUGGGUGGUGGAGUCCUACCAACUGGGGGUGGGGGAAUCAGGAAAACGCUUGCAGUAGGAGGUAGGUAGCACUCAAGGUGAAUCUUGAAGUCAAGUCAUGGCAACAAACAUUACUUAACCUACUAUGUGCCAGGCACUGUGCUUAGCAUGGGAGACACAAAGAAAGUCAAAAUUCCAAAAAUACACCAAGAAAAAACCCUGUCCCUGGUCUCAAGAAGCUUACAAUCUAAUGGAAGAGUCAUGUAAACAACUAUCUACAUACAAGAAACCCAGGAUAAUUGGGGAUGGUCUCAGAGGGAAGGCAUUAAGAUUGA